AAACAUGUCGUUCCUCGGUGGUGGCGGAGGGUCUGCGCCUCAAAGUAAAUCUCACGACCAUGGCUCUGGUGAUGGGAAAUGCUGUCAAGGCAAAGAGCCCGAAAGUAAAGACCAUCCUAUAUUCAAUGCAGUCAAAUCUGGAAUGUUGGUUCCAGUCCAAACGGUUCAUGAAGAAGUGUCGGAUAUUUUUAACAUGCGUGAUGACAAAGGCCACACACCUGCACACUGGGCAUGUCUAGGUGGUCAUUCCACAGUCCUUCGAUACAUGAUCGAAAGUAAGGCCAACGUCAAUGAGCCAAGCGACAAUGAUCUAGGUGCUAGGCCUAUACACUGGGCAUGUGUGAAUGGACAUAUUGCUAUUGUGGACAUCCUGCUGCAGUCAGGUGUUUCAUAUGACGUAGCUGACAACAAAGGCUGCACGCCUCUCAUAGUGGCUGCACAGUAUGGUCACACAAUGAUGGCAGGCUACCUGAUGGGAAAAGGGGCUCGUCUUCAGAUCUGUGACAAAGAUGGUGACAAUGCACUUCAUUGGGCUGCAUUUAAGGGUCAUUCCGAGUUAAUGCGUCUGUUGAUUUACUCGGGUUUUAAUCCACGCCAGCAAGACGUUUAUGGUCAGACACCCCUACAUCUGGCAUGUAUAAGUGGGAAUCUAACAGCUGUACAGGAACUGUGUGAACAGGAUGGUGUGGAAAUAGACAUAGCAGAUAAAAAUGGAAAGACACCUAUAUCCCUAGCUACAGGGAGGAAACAUGAUGGUGUUGUCGAUUACCUUAAACGCCAAAUCAAACAGAAGAAAAGUUUAUUACCGAAAAUAGAUUUGUUAACUAUUGCCUUUGGUCCUCCUGGAAACAGUAAAGGAGCCAUCUUGUUUUUCAUGAUGAAUGUGUUGUGUUGGGGCUACCCUAUGUAUGUUUUAAAGUGUUUACCGUAUACUUGGAAUGAGCUGCAAAUUCUUCACAUCUUUUUCUUCAUUUUUAACGUCCUCAUGUGGUUUUGCCUAUUCCAUGCUAGUACCACAGAUCCUGGAUACUUACCUAGAAACAUACCAGAGUAUGAUAUGGCUAUAAAACAGGUGGCUCAUUUUGAUGAAUGGAAGCAAGGGGAGAAUCCACUCAGCCGUCUGUGUCAUACGUGUCGGACGGUGAAACCACUGCGGUCUAAACAUUGUCGGAUAUGUAACCGAUGUGUGAUCAUGUUCGACCAUCACUGUCCCUACAUAUACAACUGUGUGGGAUACAAAAAUAGAGUGUCAUUUAUAGGGUACGUAAUUAACGUGACUAUAUGUGGUACGAUGAGUAUAUUCUUCUCCUGGUACUACGUGCAAUACUACGAGCAGUGGAACGCACUCUACAUGUUUUUCUUUGCCCUGAUGCUGUUAUUUGAAUCCGUUGGACUUUGGGUCGGCUCCUUCACUUUGUACAAUGCGGCACAAAACAUUACGACAAACGAGAGGUUAAGAUAUCAUCGCUAUAAACACAUGCAGGACAAAGAUGGAAACCUAUUCAUCCCGUUUGACCAGGGACUGCUUCCUAACUUGUUGGAUUACUUUCACAUAAAACCUCUUCCAUCAGAAUCUACAGACAAUUACUUUCAGAUCACAUCCCUGUAAUGAUGAGGGGCUGAACAGUACGUAUCAUGCUGCUGCCAACAUUACUGCUAAUGAGCGAGUUAAAUUAUAAACGGUAUUUAUACCUAAAGGAUGGCAAGGGGGCAUUCUACAACCCUUUCAAUAGAGGUGUCGCUGAAAACCUUAAGGAAUUCUUCUUCUUUAAAAAACUGUUGACAGAACGAGAUGUGGAAAUUCUUCAUGUAUGAUACUGGUGUAAACUGAUCUGUUAAGAAGACUGUAUGUGUUUUAAUAAAAUUGCCAAACAGCUGUGUUCAUCAUGUUAAAGACAGUAAAAUCCUCGUAACAUUUGAAAAGCUAGCGAUCUUUUCUCAUAACAAUAAAAGCCAGCCAUUCAGCAGUAAAAAUCAUGAUGAAUUUAUUUGGAGAUGAAAUGCUUUAUACAGGUCUUUGUAUUUGAUAAUAUACUGAGAUAUUUAUGGCAGGAAGACAUUUAAUUUAUUUAAAUCACAUAAUUCAGGAUUGAUAUGUUCCACAUUCUCAUAAAACUUUUGGUAAGAUGAAUAUCAUAGCUGGCCUUUUUCAUCACUAACAUUAAAGCAUAAUUUAAACAGUAUGUCUAUGACAAUAGACAGGAAAGUCUUUGUUUUUCAAAACAUUUACUGUUUUCUGAAUCAUAAACUAGAUAUCUCUAUGAUUAUAGAAUUAAGAAUAGCCUUACAUGUAAAUAAUUUUUACAGCAUUUAUGUUUUGAUAAAAAGGUCUUUCUUGUCUGUCUGAACAAAUCUACUUCUCCAGUAUCUCUGGGCUGUAAUAUCACUUUAUAUGAACAAUCACAGUUUGUUUUGGGUGUUUACAUUAUUAUGUAGUGUGACACUAUUAUAAUGUAGUGUUACACUAUUAAGUAGCUUACAUUAUUAUGUAGUGUUGCAUUAUUAUGUAGUUGUUACAUUAUAAUGUUGUGUUACAUUAUUAUGUAGCAUUACAUUAUUAUGUAGUAUUACAUUAUAAUGUAGUGUUACACUAUUAUAAUGUAUAUUUACACUAUUAUAAUGUAGUGUUACAUUUUUAUAAUGUAGUGUUACACUAUUAUAAUGUAGUGUUACAUUACUAUUUAGUGUUAAAUUUCUAUGUAGUGUAAUGUUUUUGAAAUGAUAUCUAAUUUAUUUAAGUCAUAAGUUUUGUUUCUUCACUGUGUUUGUCAUAUGUGCCAUGGAUAAUUUAUGUGUUCAGCUUUCAUUAACCUAAGUCUAAGAGCAAUACACAUUUCCAAGUGAUUUUCCUGUGUAGAUAAUGUAGGUCCUGUUACCUUUACUGUAGACAAGUAUAGCAUAUUUGGAAAUAAAAUUGUGUUAGGACCAUUCAAUUAAAAUGAAGUAUAUCACUAAUUACGUGUGUGCGUGAUGGUUAUUGAACAGGUUUUUUUUUUGUUCAUGAAGACUUUACCAAUGACAUGUUUAGAACGUUUUCUUAAGACAAUCUGGUAGUACCACUUAAUUUAUAUAUUAGUUAUAUAAGGCUUGAUAAAAGUAACAGAUGGGCUGUAUAUUUAAGGAUUGAAUCUUGAUUUGGUCGAUUUCAUGGGGUCAUGAAUUGAGUUGCUCUUGAGACAACU